CCCGGCACCGGAUGUACCAAGAAGUCGUACCGGAUGCGCUUGUGGUGGGGCUUCCUGCCGAGACGAUGAGAGAGCGUCUCCGCCGCCAGCUGUAAACGGGGAACGGCAGCUGCCCUGGGACGCGUCGUUUCGGACAGGCCGUGGUUGAGCAACGCAGCUCGCCGCGACGGGGGGGAAAAAUGGAGGAGGACAUACUGACGACGCUGAAGAUACUGAUAAUAGGAGAAAGUGGUGUCGGGAAGUCCAGCCUCCUCUUAAGAUUCACAGAUGACACAUUUGACCCGGAACAGGCAGCAACAAUCGGUGUCGACUUUAAAGUGAAGACUAUUUCUGUGGACGGUAACAAGGCAAAGUUGGCCAUAUGGGACACAGCAGGACAGGAGCGCUUCCGGACCCUGACGCCUAGUUACUACCGUGGUGCCCAGGGAGUCAUCUUGGUGUAUGAUGUCACGCGACGAGAAACCUUUACCAAGCUCGAUAACUGGCUUAAUGAGCUGGAGACGUACUGUACAAGGAAUGACCUUGUGAAAAUGCUGGUCGGAAACAAAAUUGAUAAGGAAAACCACGAGCUAGACAGGACCGAAGGGUUGAAGUUUGCAAGAAAACAUUCCAUGCUUUUUAUAGAGGCAAGCGCUAAGACCAGGGAUGGUGUUCAGUGCGCAUUUGAGGAGCUGGUGGAGAAGAUCAUCCAGACUCCUGGCUUAUGGCAGAGUGAGAACCACGGCCGAGGAGUCCAGCUCACUGACGAGGACGCAGGAGGUGGAACCUGCGGUGGCUACUGCUCUUUGGUCUAGACAACACACACAUAAAGUACACAUAAAGUACAUAAACACAUUCACACACAGACAUGUUCAAACAUACACGUGUGAAUACCACACACAGUGUGACACACUCAAACACAAACAUAAACACACACACAUGAAAGAACAACCCCCCCCACCCCCAACCAACUGUGUGCUGUCCUGAGCUGAGCUCCUUACUCUGACACGAAGGCAGUGGAGGUCUGACUCUGCUGAGCUGUAAGGGUUCACCAUCCACGCACACUACCUGUGUUCACACAGACGCUACUUUUUGCACACUUUCUAGUAACAACGCUGCGCUUAAAUGCAAAUGCAGCUCAGCCUUCCUCUUAAUGGAAUUUGAGUGAGUUGACUCUCCUCUGUUUUGUUUUGAGCUACAAUUUUGUUCCGUUUUAGGACCUUGGUCAAAAUUAGAACCAUGUUUCAGCUUCUCAAUAUGCUUUGGGAUUUACAGUUAAGUCCAAAACUCUAAACCAAAGUUUGUCAGGCAAAUGGCUAAAUCUCUGAAGCGUGAUAAUGAGAAUAGAUAAAACUUUUUGUGACCAAGGCUCUUUUCUUGUCUCCAGCAUGCUUUUCGUUCUCAGAGCAUCUUGCCUUAGCAAUCACAUCUGUAUCAGUGCAGGGCUGGCUUUUCUCCAGUGUUUUUCUUUCCUCUGCUCUGUCCUGUGCUUGAUCCCCCCCCCCCUCCCCAAAGCACAGACUGUAUGAACAUUAUGCUGCUUAUAGAGAAUCUUAUCAAGCCAACCAAUCUUGUUUUCCAUCUCACCACUCUCAGUCAAAGACUCAGAUCAUAUGUCUCUGUUGUCCACACAACUGCCUCAUUUCUUCAGAAUAUAAUAGAGUUACCAAGUGUUUGGAAUGACCUUUUACUACUUUUAUUGACUUGGACUUCAAACCCUUGGUGUGUUUUGAAGAGUGCAUAAAUCAAAGAGAUUUGCACCAGUGAGCUUUCCACUGGGUGCAGAAGAAGAGGGAAACCCUUUUAAAAUUGCACGUCUUUUUUGUAACGAGUUGCUUUAAUGGAGUGCAACCUACUGGCACUCCCUCACUCAGACAGAUAAUAUAAGUAAUACCACUAACACUGCUAAAGUCUCUCAUAUUGAUUCCUUUAACUGUACAAAGAGAGACAAAAGAAAAGUGUUCAAUAUUAAACAGGGCAGUGAAUCAUAAGGGUGUUUCCACUGAAUUUGGAAAAUCAAAGGAGGAGUUGUGUGCUACACAUUGCUAAUGGAUUUCACAGUACUCCUAUCUCUGUGUUUGUAUCUGAGAAGCAGUCAUUAAUGUACUGACCUCUGACCAUAUCCUUAGUAUCUGAGUGCUGGUAUAUGGUCCGGGAAAUUCUGGGAAAUUUUAGUUCUGAGAGUUUGAUGUUGUAACAGGGAUAGUGAAAAUGACAUGGAUAACAAGCAUGUCUUAUCACAGAUUGGAAUUUUUUUUUAAUUUUUUUUAUCUCUUUUUAAUUGCAUGGGAAAUUCUGUGUGCCAUUCUUUUGUGUUUGUUUGUCCAUUGAAUGACCUUCAGAGGCUGUUUACUAUAAACACAUUAACUUAUAUUUAGCUGAAAACUAAACAUUGCAUACAGGUUUACCAUUUGAAUUUAAUGGUACAGUACACUAAGACAAAAGGAAGAAGGCUUUUACUUAUUAAACUGGUAUAGCUGUCUUUUUGUGUUCAGAAAUAUGUUAAAACGUGUAAGCUGUAAAUUGUGUGUAUUUUAGGAAUUUGGUGGGAUAAUUCCUGUAUCAGUUGUAAAGCUGAAUGUAUACAUAUUUCACUACAAACCGCCCUAUGUAUUAAACUAAAUAAAAUUCUUUUGUAAGUGAA